GGCAACUUCGUCACCUUGCCAGAAGCCGGACGUGAGAGUCGAUAUACCGCUGUCGAACCUUUCGCCACAACACUUCCUCUUCCCUCGCCUGAUCGGCCUGCGCGACCUUUGCACGUCAAUUGCCUAGCUCCCACUCACUGUCCAGCAUCCGGCAGCGAGCCUCAGUCAAGCCCUCGAGCGACCAUAGAUCUCGAUCCUUGAAACCCAUAUCCCGAACCGUUCCGCUACAAAAAACCUUCGGCCUUCCGCCGAUAUAAUGGUUCGGGUCUCGUUCGCCGAAGAUACAAAACUGCCCCAGGAUACAGUGAUUGAGGAGGAGCAACCCUCCGUGUUUGCCUACCAAGAUGGCCCGGAGAACAAGUCUUGGGCGGGCACCCUCCCCUUGAAGCAGGGUCUCUAUGAUCCCGAGCUCGAGAAGGAUGCUUGUGGUGUCGGUUUUGCUGCCCACAUUAAGGGUAAGGCAAGCCACAAGAUCAUCUCCGAUGCUAAAUCGCUUCUUUGCAACAUGACCCAUCGAGGUGCCGUGGGCUCGGAUGCUCGUGAUGGAGACGGCGCUGGUGUCAUGACCUCCAUUCCACACAAGUUCUUCGUGAAGGAGUUCGCAAAGACCCAGGGUUUCACCCUCCCACUGCAGGGUCAAUACGCGACCGGUAACCUGUUCUUCAAGCCCGACGCGCAGAUUCUGGAGGAGAGCAAGAGCUUGUUCGAGGAUGUGGCAGAUCAGCUAGGGUUGAGGGUCCUUGGAUGGCGUGAAGUCCCAAGAGACUCUACGCUUUUGGGUCCUGCUGCUCUGUCCCGCGAGCCCGCCAUCCUUCAGCCGUUCGUCGUUUUGAGGGAGGCUUACGGAGACGGCAAGGAGCCCAAGCCAGACUUUGACCAGCUGUAUGAUGGUGCCUACUUUGAGCGGCAGCUGUACGUGCUCCGGAAACGGUCUACACACGUGCUUGGCCUUCACAACUGGUUCUACAUUUGCUCCUUGAGCAACAAGAACAUUGUCUACAAGGGUCAGCUGGCUCCCGUGCAGGUAUACGAAUACUACUAUGAUCUUGUCUCGGUGGACUACGAGGGCCACUUCGCUUUGGUGCACUCCCGUUUCUCCACCAACACAUUCCCCUCCUGGGACCGCGCUCAGCCCCUCCGGUGGGCAGCCCACAACGGUGAAAUCAACACGCUGCGUGGAAACAAGAACUGGAUGCGUGCGCGAGAAGGCGUCAUGAAGUCGGAGCUCUUCGGUGACGAGCUGAACCUGCUAUACCCCAUCAUCGAGGAUGGUGGCUCCGAUUCCGCUGCUUUCGACAACGUUUUGGAACUUCUUACCAUCAACGGAGUCUUGUCGCUGCCCGAAGCCGUCAUGCUCAUGGUUCCUGAAGCAUGGCAGGGCAACCAGCUCAUGGAUCCCGCCAAGCAGGCCUUCUACGAGUGGGCUGCAUGCAUGAUGGAGCCUUGGGAUGGACCCGCGCUCUUCACUUUCUCCGACGGCCGCUACUGCGGUGCCAACCUCGACCGAAAUGGUCUGCGUCCCUGCCGUUACUACGUCACGGAUGACGACCGCAUCGUCUGUGCAUCUGAAGUCGGUACCAUCUCCAUCGAACCUGAACGCGUUGUGCAGAAGGGUCGGUUGCAGCCCGGUCGCAUGCUUCUUGUCGACACCCUUGCUGGACGCAUCGUGGACGAUACCGAGCUGAAGCAGAAGGUCGCCGAGCGCCAGGACUUCCGUUCCUGGAUUGACAAGAAUCUCCUAACCCUUCCCAAGAUAGUUGAGCAGGUGACUGAGAAGGGCGUCGACAUCGGCCACACUGUGUCAGAGACGCGUGUUCAGGAAGACCCCCGCCUCCGUGCUUUUGGAUACUCGCUCGAGCAGGUCAGCCUGCUUCUGGGGCCCAUGGCUGCCGACUCCAAGGAAGCCCUGGGCUCCAUGGGCAACGACGCUCCUCUGGCUUGCCUGUCCAACCAGCCACGCUUGCUCUAUGAGUACUUCCGUCAGCUGUUCGCACAGGUCACCAACCCUCCUAUCGAUCCCAUCCGUGAGGCAGUUGUCAUGUCCCUGGAAGCAUAUGUGGGCCCACAAGGUAAUCUUCUUGAGAUGGACGAGAGCCAGGCCCACAGGUUGCUGCUACCUUCGCCGGUUCUGUCCAUUGAGGAGUUCAACGCCUUGAACAACACCGCCACCGUACAUCCCGAUUGGACCGUGAAGACGAUCGAUAUUACCUUCCCCAAGAAGGAAGGCAUCGAGGGAUAUAUGGCUGCUCUCGACCGGAUCUGUGAUGCUGCCACCGAAGGCGUCAACAAUGGCGACAACAUCCUCGUCCUCUCCGACCGCGCCACAUGCGCCGACCGCGUGCCUGUAUCUGCUCUCCUGGCCACGGGUAUGGUCCACCACCAUCUUGUGCGCAACAAGUGGCGAUCACAGGUCGCCCUCUUUGUCGAGACUGCGGAGGCCCGCGAGGUCCACCACAUGUGCGUGCUUGUCGGUUACGGAGCCGAUGCCAUCUGCCCGUACCUUGCAAUCGAGUGUAUCCUGAAGAUGCACCGCGAGGGUCUCAUACGCAAGAAGCUUACUCCUCAGCAACUCAUCGACAACUACAAGCAUUCUUGCGACGGUGGUAUCCUCAAGGUCAUGAGCAAGAUGGGCAUCUCCACGCUGCAGUCCUACAAGGGUGCCCAGAUCUUCGAAGCCCUUGGUAUCGACGACAGUGUUGUUGAUCGCUGCUUUGCUGGAACUGCCUCCCGCGUCAAGGGUAUGACCUUCGAGCUCAUUGCUCAAGACGCUUUCGCUCUGCAUGAGAAGGGUUAUCCCACUCGCCCGAUUGUCGAGAUCCCCGGUCUCGCCGAGACUGGCGAGUACCAUUGGCGUGAUGGUGGAGAAGCGCACAUCAACGACCCCACGGCCAUCGCCAACAUCCAGGAUGCUGUUCGCACCAAGAACGACAAGUCCUAUGAGGCCUACUCCAUGACCGAAUACGAGCGUAUCAAGGACUGCACACUCCGUGGUCUCCUGGAUUUCAACUUCGAGGACCGUACGCCUAUUCCCAUCGACCAAGUUGAGCCUUGGACUGAGAUCGUCCGCCGCUUCGUGACUGGUGCCAUGUCCUACGGCUCUAUCUCUAUGGAGUCGCACUCUACCCUUGCCAUUGCCAUGAACCGUCUUGGAGGCAAGUCCAACACUGGUGAGGGUGGUGAAGACCCUGAGCGAAGUCAGGUCAUGGAGAACGGAGACACCAUGCGCUCUGCCAUCAAGCAGAUUGCAUCUGGUCGCUUCGGUGUCACCAGCGCCUACCUUGCUGAUGCUGAUGAGCUCCAGAUCAAGAUGGCCCAGGGUGCUAAGCCCGGAGAGGGUGGUGAGCUGCCUGGCCACAAGGUCUCUCAGUCUAUCGCUAAGACCAGGCAUUCCACCCCUGGUGUCGGUCUGAUCAGCCCUCCCCCUCACCACGACAUUUACUCCAUCGAGGAUCUGAAGCAAUUGAUCUACGACCUCAAGUGCUCCAACCCGCGUGCCCGCGUCUCCGUCAAGCUCGUCUCCGAGACCGGUGUCGGUAUCGUCGCCUCUGGUGUUGCCAAAGCUAAAGCAGACCAUAUCCUCAUAUCUGGCCACGACGGCGGCACCGGCGCUUCUCGAUGGACUGGUAUCAAGUACGCCGGUCUUCCUUGGGAACUGGGUCUUGCCGAGACUCACCAGACGCUUGUGCUCAACGAUCUCCGUGGUCGUGUCAUCGUCCAGACGGAUGGGCAAAUCCGCACUGGACGCGAUGUUGCGAUUGCCUGUUUGCUCGGUGCCGAGGAAUGGGGCUUUGCGACCACCCCUCUGAUCGCUAUGGGAUGUAUCAUGAUGCGGAAAUGCCACUUAAACACUUGCCCUGUUGGCAUUGCAACCCAGGACCCUGAACUGCGCAAGAAGUUCGAAGGUACCCCCGAGCAUGUCAUCAACUUCUUCUACUACAUUGCCAACGAGCUCCGCUCCAUCAUGGCUAAGCUUGGCUUCCGUACCAUCAACGAGAUGGUCGGCCGCUGCGAGGUCCUCAAGAUUCGUGAUGACCUCCGCACUGCUAAGACGGAGAACAUCGACCUCUCCCUGAUUUUGACUCCAGCACACACUCUCCGACCUGGCGUUGCCACUUUCAACGUUCGCAAGCAAGACCACCGUCUCCAUGUUCGCCUCGACAACAAACUCAUCGCUGAGUCCGAACUUGCUCUGGAGAAGGGAUUGCCAGCUCGUAUUGAGUGCGAUGUGGUCAACACUGACCGUGCUCUGGGUGCCACUCUUUCCUACCAGGUCAGCAGAAGGUAUGGCGAGGCGGGUCUGCCUCAGGAUACGAUCCACGCCAAUAUUCGCGGCUCCGCUGGUCAGUCUUUCGGAGCUUAUCUUGCACCCGGUAUCACUCUUGAACUGGAGGGUGACGCGAACGACUACGUCGGCAAGGGUCUGUCUGGUGGUCGCCUCAUCAUCUACCCGCCUCGCACAGCCGUCUUCAAGGCCGAGGAGAACAUCCUCAUCGGUAACACCUGCUUGUACGGUGCCACCAGCGGUACUUGCUUCUUCCGUGGUAUCGCUGCCGAGCGUUUCGCCGUCCGUAACUCCGGCGCCACUGCCGUCGUUGAAGGUGUUGGAGACCACGGUUGUGAGUACAUGACUGGUGGGCGAGUUGUUGUUCUCGGAUCGACUGGACGCAACUUCGCUGCUGGUAUGUCUGGUGGUAUUGCCUACGUUCUCGACAUGCAUCACGACUUCGAGCAGAAGGUCAACCAGGAGAUGGUUGAGCUUAGCGGCAUCGAGGAUCCUCAGGAAAUCGCCUUCGUCCGUGGACUCAUUGAGGACCAUCAUCACUACACCGGCUCAGAGCUCGCCGCGCGUGUUCUCAAUGACUUCACUCGUGCGCUGUCGCGAUUCGUUAAGGUCAUGCCAACAGACUACAAGCGCGUGCUGCAGGAAGAGGCUGCCAAGAAGGCCGAGGCAAAGAAGAAGGAGUAUCCUCUCCCCAUCCUCCCCGGAAACGCCGUCCGCGAGCUGCACGAGGACUCGCGCCAGGCUCAGGAAAAGAAGGAGAAGAAGAAGGUCGACCUUCUGGACAUGGAAGACAGCAUCACCGAUGCCAAGGCAGAGAAGAAGAAGGCUCUCGUGCUCGACAAGACUCGUGGCUUCAAGCUCUACCAGCGCCGAUCCGAGAAGUACCGUAACCCCAAGACCCGUACGCGCGACUGGCAAGAGCUCUCGCAGCGUUUGAACGAGGAUGAGCUGAAGUAUCAGACCGCUCGUUGCAUGGACUGCGGUGUGCCCUUCUGUCAAUCGGAUACUGGCUGCCCCAUCAGCAACAUCAUUCCCAAAUGGAAUGAGCUGCUUUUCCAAGGUCAGUGGAGGGAUGCUCUCAACCGCCUUCUCAUGACCAACAACUUCCCCGAGUUCACUGGCCGUGUCUGCCCCGCUCCCUGCGAGGGUGCCUGUGUGUUGGGUAUCAACGAGGACCCUGUUGGUAUCAAGUCCAUUGAGUGCGCCAUUAUUGACCGCGGUUUCGAAAUGGGCUGGAUGGUCCCAUCGCCGCCCCAGGUCCGCUCCGGAAAGAAGGUCGCCAUCAUUGGCUCCGGUCCUGCCGGUCUCGCGGCCGCUGACCAGCUGAACAAGGUCGGCCACAGUGUCACUGUCUACGAGCGCGCUGACCGCAUUGGUGGUCUCUUGAUGUACGGCAUUCCCAACAUGAAGCUCGACAAGAAGGUUGUGCAACGUCGUGUCGACUUCAUGGCGGCCGAGGGUAUCAAGUUCGUCACCAACGUCGCUGUUGGUGAGGAGGGUCAGCCAACCCUGGAUUCUCUGCGUGCGGAGAACGAUGCCGUUGUGCUUGCCACUGGUGCGACUGUCGCCCGUGACCUGCCCAUCCCCAACCGCAGCCUUAACGGUAUUCACUUCGCCAUGGAGUUCUUGCACAAGAACACGAAGUCGUUGCUCGACUCUAAUCUUGCCGACGAGGCCUACAUCUCCGCGAAGGGCAAGCACGUUGUUGUCAUUGGUGGUGGUGAUACCGGCAAUGAUUGCAUCGGCACGUCUGUCCGCCACGGCGCCCUCUCAGUUGUCAACUUUGAACUGCUCCCGCAGCCGCCGCCUGAGCGUGCCCGUGACAACCCCUGGCCUCAGUGGCCCCGUAUCUACCGCGUCGACUACGGCCACUCUGAGGUCAAGACGCACAUGGGCAAGGAUCCUCGCGAGUACUGUGUCAUGUCCAAGGAUUUCGUGGAUGAUGGCAACGGCAACGUGAAGGGUAUCAAUACCGUCCGUGUUGAAUGGACCAAGUCUGCCACCGGCGGUUGGGACAUGAAGCAGGUGGAGGGCAGCGAGCAGUUCUUCCCUGCGGAUCUUGUGCUCCUUUCCAUGGGUUUCUUGGGCCCAGAGGAGCGCGUGUUGGGUGGCUCUAUUGAGCGCGAUCCGCGCAAGAACGUCAAGACUCCUCCAGGACACUACAACACCAACCUGGAUGGUGUCUUUGCUGCAGGAGAUUGCCGUCGCGGCCAGUCCCUGAUUGUCUGGGGUAUCAACGAAGGUCGCCAAUGCGCCCGCGAUGUCGACGCCUACCUCACCGGCGUGCCUUCCUCCCUCCCCGUCACUGGCGGUAUCGUCAAAGCCACACCUUACGAGGCUCUGAAGCUUGGCGGUACCACUUCCGACCUCGCGGCCGUCGCCGUCGCGGCCUAAAUCCCAUUUCCUUUCUAUGCACUAACGGAGUUGGUUGUAGAAAUGGUCCACGAGAAACGCACGAUUGGCAUAGUUUCACGAUACAAUUUGGCACAAGAUUUGUUUUCCUCCUAUCCGUCCUUGUGAGUCUUGAGAUACCUUUGUUCAUGAUGGAG